AUGGGAAAAAUAAUUUUUUAUGAAGACAAGAGCUUUAUGAAGACAAGGGGCCACUGUUAUGAAUGUGGCAUUAACCACCUCAACCUGUGGUCUUAUGUGAAACAAUGCAAUUCCAUCCAGGUGGAAAAAGGUAGCUGGAUGAUUUAUGUGAACCCCAGUUAACCAGGACACCAGUACUUUUUAAAAAAGAGAGACUAUCCUGACUUCCAGAAGUGGCUCGGUCUCUGUAACUCCAUCAGAUCUUGCCAUAUAUCCUACAAUUGUAUCUUGUAUGAAAUCCCCAACUUCAGGGGCUAACAGUGUGUACUGAAACCCAGGGAAUACAGGAGAUUCCUUGACUGCAGUGCAGUGAAUGCCAAAAUUGUCUCUUUGCAGAGGCUGGCUGACUUGCACUGUUAUUGCUCCCAUGCUAAAUAA